GUUGGUGUUGGUCCGGCACUCCCGGCGGAUGCCACCGAUCCUGAUCCUGCAUACGUGUUGGACCGGCGUACGCCAUUCUUGGAAUCACCUGACUUCUCCUCGGAGUCCCAUAGAUCUUCCUUCAACAUCAAUGGGGGGCGGUCAAUCUUUGAUUACGAUGUGGGAUGAAAGCUCUGCGUAACAUAAACAAUGACUACUGGGAUCGUGGAGGUUCGGGAAGUCAGUAUCGGCGGACUGAUGACUUUCGACCAAGAGAGGUCAUCCUUUCCUUUUUGGCGAGAUAUGAUUGCGCAGGAUGGUCUUUCUCAAGAGUCCCCGUUUAAAGGAGACAAGGCCUGCGCCAGCCUUGUUUAGCUUGCUCCUCUGCUUGAAUGCGCCGUAAAUGAGAUACCUGCGUAGAUCGACACAGAGAUGUGGUCAAGGUUGAGAAAUUGGGGCUGAAAGAGAUACGCUGACAAACUGUGCAAUAUUUUGAGGGAUGAGACAGACAGUGAGUGAAUCUAAGGCGGCUCGGUAUCGGCCCUUGGAACCUCACCGCUGGACCUCAAUCUAGAGUGCUGACGGGAACGAGUCAUGACUAUAUAUGUCAGGAUCAAUGCCGCCAACAGGUCUCAGAACUGUACCAGAUUGCAUGUUCACCGAUUCGCAGAGAGGCCUGGUUUCCUGUGUUGUUUCAAGCGUAGUCGCAAAUGGCACUCUUGUCCUUAGUCUCGCCGCCAUACGUAUGGUAACGGACGGACAGACUGCUCAAGAUGCCAGUAAUUGACAUGAAAAUCCUGGAAUUUCAAAUUUCAAUGCAUC